CGGCCUGGCAACAAAACAUGUCUGAGAAAAACAUGAAGAAAGGUGAUCGAGCUACAAACAGUAAAAACAUAUCUCUACCUAUGUCCAGGGUACGAUUAAUUAUGAAAAGCUCACCUGAUGUGUCCUGUAUAAACCAAGACGCUAUUUUCUUGACAACAAAAGCAACGGAGCUUUUUGUCCAGCACUUGACUCAGUCCUCAUAUAAAAAUGGGUCCGGUAAAGACACAAACACACUGUCAUACAGUGAUCUGGCUCAUACAGCAGAGGAGACAGAAAUAUUUCAGUUUCUUACUGAUAUCCUUCCAAAGAAAAUCUUGGCCAGAGAUUAUCUGAAGACAAUGGAGGAAAUGGACAAAGAUGGUGAUGAUGAUGAUGAUGACAACCUGUAGUAGAAGAGGUUCACAAGUCAGAAUAACAAGCCACUUCCACACUACCCUCAAAAAGCAAUAUAAAGAAUAAAAUCAUAGGAAAUUGUCUUACAAAUUAGGGCAUUUCACCCAAAGAGUUAAGCACCUCUUUUCUUUUUUAUGAGUUAAUGCACAUGUUUUACUCUUACUGUUUUCUGUAUGCUUUAGCACCUACAUACUCUAAUGUUGUUUUGACCACAAUGUCCAUUAGCCACUGUUGAUUGACAACCAAACUACUGUGAGUACCUGUUUGGAAACCAGGAUAUGUAUGCAUCAUUGGUCUUUUCUCUGAGAAUACUUGAUACCAUGAUUUUUUGCAUGUAAAUGGAAAAUUCUUCACUCAACUGCAACAAUCCAAACAUAAAUACAGUCCAUUCCAUUCAACGCAUUGUACAAAAUUGUGUUCCUACAAAUUGUAUUGCUCAGGGUUUGGAUAGAAUAUUUGGAUGGGCAUUACGCUUUCUUUUUCUCAGCAUUCAAGUGGUUAAAAUGAUAAAGUUGAUUCACACCUGAAUCCAUGCAGGUGAAAUAAACAAAACUAUGCUAGUAAUUCACUGAAAGGAAUGUGUUCUCCCCUUUAAAAGUUAAAUGCUGCCUUUAUUAACAAUGGUUGAUUUUUUGCACACACAGUGCAGGUAUCCAGUCAUAACAUGCAUCCAUACAUGAGG